CGGCAGUGUUGCAUCGAAGGUGAAGCUCGUUGGACGUUUUCUUCUUCACCUCAUAGGCACGUGAGAUCUUCACACACAAUAAUUGCGGUUCUUCCUCCGUGGAGUUUUUGGAGGUGUUCUCCUUUAAAAAAAAAGAAAUAAUUUUUUUAAAGAAAAAAUCGUGAAAAAAAUGAAUGGAUUUCAGUGAUAAAAUAAGUCCAUGAGGAUUUCUUUUAAAGUGACAUACGCCAGUGAAUUUAUAGAUUUAUUAGUUGUGUGUGAAAAAGAAAAGAGUUGAAGAGAAAACUCCUGAGGAUUUGGGAGAAGAAGUGUGAUCACGAAGGAAAAGAUCAGUGAUCUUGUUCAUGAAGGAUAUACACGAAGUCGUCUGUAGACACUGAAUGAGAAAGUCCAACAAUGCGACUUAUGCUAAUUAUUUUGGGUGUGCUGGUGGCAAUUUGUGGGGCGGAGGAGCAAAAAAAUGCCACAGAAGCCACAAAAAGCGGAAGAACGGGGAAGGAGCUCCGGGACAAGCGGACACUCAACAAGUUCGGCAAUUUCGACGAUCUCACGCCGGCCUUCUUCACAUACCCGCGCGUUAUGCAGCGACGAGUAGGAAAUGCCCUGCCAGACGGAAGAUCUUACCUGCAGACGCCGCUAGAGCGGAAGUACGAGGAGAAUUUCAACGUGCCAUCAUUCAACUAUCAGCCACAGUAUGAACAUGAGGGAAGUAACUUCAUUGGGGGACAUUCCUAUGCACCCCAUCCACACUACAUUGAAGCGCCAGAGCCCAUUAUUGAGAUCAUCAUUAAAGACAGUAAUGAGACUCUUCCUGCACCACCCCCAGUUGUACAUCCGCGAAAGAAGAAGAAAGAACAGGUUCAAGUCUUCUACGUAAAGUAUAAGAAAGAUGGACACAAAGGUGUGAUCAUUGACCAACCCGUACCAGCACUUUCCCCAACAGCAUACCAUCAGGAGCGGCAUGAUGAAGUUGAGGACGAACAGCAUGAGGAGCCUGUGAUCGUAACUCUGCCUCCACCUCUAAAGACCACCACGCUUAGAACGAUAAUCCAUCCUGAUUCAGAGAAAUUCCACAGCAACAGUGGGAUUCAUGUCUCCUUCAAUACAGAGGAUAAAUCACAGUUUGGUCAUCAGAUUCAGGAGGAUAGAGUUGAGAGUGUCGUAAAGCCCGUAGUAGCUCUCCCACGAUCCGUUUCCUUCCCUCCACAUCAAUCAAAUGUUCAAGCUACAGAAUUCCGUCAGAGAUUUGUACAACAAGGAAGAAAUUUCGGUGGUGAUCAAUUCAACUACCCACCACAGAAUCUCCAUCAAGGCCUUGUGAGUCCUAAUCUUCAGUUGCCUCUACAAAAUACACCGACACAGCAAUUCCGCUCUGGACCGAACUUCCAUCAGCCACCUGGACAAUUUUUCGGAGGUCACCAUCGUUUCCAGGCAAACCAUCAUCAAGAACAGCAAUACCGUCAGGAACACUAUUCACAGCAUGUGCCGCACCAUCAGGAACACCAUCAAGAGCCUCCAAGACAUACUGGACCUCCCCCUCCAGCACCACACUUUACGCCAACUCCACCGGCUUUUGGACCUCCACCACCUUUCCGGCCUGUUCCAUCGAAUCACUUCUCACAGAGACCACCAUCGCAACCACCAUUCUUCCAACCACCACCUCCGCAGCAGCCUCCACCGCCACCCCCUCAGCAAGUUCGUUUCCCGGGACCUCCACCACAGAACCAGCCACCAAAUCAUCAAAGUCAACAAUACCAGCCAUUGAAGUAUCGACCACAUCCACCACCACAGCGUCCCAUUCCUAUUCCAAUCCAUCAAUUUAGUCAACCACCACAGUCGCAAUCGCAAUUCCGACCACCACAUCAAAGUCCUUCUCAUCAGCCUCAGCAGAUUCAUCAGGGGCCGCAACAUCAACCGAUUCAGCAGCAACAUCAACCAGUUCAUCAGCCACCACAGCACCAGCAGAUCCAUCAUCAACAGCCCCAUCAUCAGCAAAUACAUCCACAGCAGCAACAUCAUCAGCAGCAAAUUCCUCAGCAGCACCAUCCUCAGCACCAAAUCCAUCAAUCGCAUUUACCUCCACCACAGCAACAAUUCUCAUUCACACCCCCACCUCCAGGAGCAAUCCAGGGUGGUGGUUUAGUGCAACAUCAAGCACCCAAUCUCAGUCGAGAGCCAAACUUCCAGCAAAACAUUCAACAGAACAUCCAACAGAACAUCCAGCAGAAUCACCCACCUCAGGAUAUCAUUCAGAAUCUCGGACCUGAAAGUGAACUCAUCCCUUCUGUGGCUAAAUAUGAGCAGCAUAUCGUUGAGCAUGUGCCCACAGUCAAUCAGUACAUCUCUAGUCAGACACAAUACCAGCAGCAAUUCUUCUCGUCAACACCCCCACCAUCCAAGGAGAGACCCAACAUUGGACCUCUUGCCAAUGAGAUUGGACACUUGAGUACUCCUCUUCCACUGCAGGGUGUCUCAAAUUCAGUCGCACCUCUGCCUCAGAGUAGCUUCCAUCAGAAUACUCAAACCUCGGCGCAGACAUACAUUCAGCAGCAAAUAUCGCAAUUGCUGCAGGAUCCACCACAUCAGGCAAACUACCAAUACAAUAUUCAGCCACAAAUUAUUCCAAAUUCUCACCCAACGGCUCAGCGACCAGCACCGGGACAGAGUGUGUCUACUUUGCACUCUGAAGUUUUCCCCAUCUUCGAGCAGCAGCAACAACGAUACUACAACAAAAAUCCCGUCUCUGACCAAGGCCAGGAUCAACUUCAGACGGUAAACAUUGCAGGACGCAAUGGAGGAAGUACAGAGCAAUCGACAGUCCCUACGUCAACCACGUACAAACCUACAACACACAGAGUAACCGAAACAACCCAGCAGGUAUCUUCAACAACUCAGAGAACAUCAAAGAAACCCCCACCGAAUGUUGUUCUUCCUGACGAGGUGCCAGAUGAUCUGCGGGAGCAACUUCUUUCUUCGGGCAUUCUCGAUAAUGCCGAUAUUAGUGUUCUAGACUACGACAAGAUAGGAGAUACGGAUUUGCAGAGUCUCCCACCAGAGCAUUUGGCGAACUUCUUCAAUGCAGGUGGAGCAUCGCAAAUUUCCAGCUCAAAUCGCGUUGAGGUUUUCGCAAAUCCCGACAAAGAGAAACGCUCAAAGCUCGAUGAAGCGACUCCGGCACUCUCAUCAAAGGAGAAUGUUGAUUUAAGAGUCGUUAGAUUCGAUGCUGCAUCCCAGAAAUCCAUCUCGGAUAAGUACAUUAAGGAAGAUUCCACUGUUCUACCAUCUGUUGACAUACAUGAUCAUCACUACAACCGAUACCUGCCACUGAAAAUCAAUGGGGCACACUUCCCGAUUCCACAGGAAUUGCUUGGCAAGAAGAUUAGCAGUGUUGUGGUGUUGGCCACAGUGGAUAAUUUGCAGACUGUUGAAGAUCCCGAAGAUGGACGAUUCGAGAGGGAUGUCAUUGAUGCUAAACAUGUAAGAUUCCUAGCGGGAGAUGCACUUAAGCAACUCAUCAAGAAACCAUCGCAAGAGAACUUCAAGAAAUGGCUCGAUAAGGAAGCUACUACGGAUGUUGAGUACCAGAGUGUUGUUCUUUUAGUAACAAGGAACCCCCAAAAUGCAACAGAUCAGGAGAUCUUUAUGUAUGACAUCCCAUCAAAAACUGUUAAUCGACUCAGUGGUGAACUUUCUUCGGCUUUUGUGAGUGUUGCAGAAGCAAAUGCCGCCACAGAGGAUAUUGAUAAGGCCACCGUGGUGGAUAGUGGGAUAAUUCAGCAAAUGGAUUCAGAAGGAAAACCUGAAGAGGAUGUUUCGGAAGAACCAUCAACAACCCCCACGCCAGACACGGAGGAUCCCAUGGAAGCUGCUUCAUCGGAUAUUAUUGAGAGUCGUGCUGACCCAGAUGAGUUUGUGGAUGAUGCAGCUGAUACACAUGACGUGGUCAUAAGUUCUGGGUACAGUGUCAUCAAAAGUUGAGGAGUACACACCGGGUGACCUUUAGAGAGCGAGUGUAUGUGAAUUUGUGGCGAAAGUGAGAGGAAGUUUUGUGGGAGGAGGUGCAGAGAAUGAAGAGAAGAGUCAGUCCGGGAGGGAGGGUAUCUUUACUAUUCAAAUGAGCAAUUGUUCAGAAUUGCAUUGGAUUUCGCUGAAUUCGCACCUGUGUGUGGCAUCGCAAUUCUGCCCACAAUGGUUGCGCUCUUUUCUCGCGCACAAAAUGCUCUUCCGGAUAUUCAACAUAUUGUUGAAUACUUCAUCUCUUCACUGUCUUCAUUCAAUUAUAUUCAUUUUAUGUAUUUUUUUUUAUUAUUUAUUCUCUCACCUCCUCCUCCUCCUCCCAUAUGAAAAAGCACAACUUUCUUACCUAUAAGAAGACUUAUUUAAAAAAAAAUUGUUGGCUCAAUGUGUGAAUGUUUUAUCAAGCGAUUUAGUGAGUCUUCAAUGGUAAUCAGUGUAAAAUUGUAUAAAAAAAAAAAACGUACGACUACGCAAUAAAACUAAUUUUAUCAAAA